AUGGAGACAGCGUCAGCGGAUCUCGGCUCCCCGGCUGCGACAUCGAGCAACGCCGCCACUCUCACCUACACAGUGGCUCCACACCCCUUCGGCUACCAAACACUGUUCGCCAUGCUCAUUUCCGCCUCAGCCGCGAAGGCGUGCACAUCGUCGGGUAUAAUGAAGGGUUUGUGGGACACAGUAUGGGGCACGCUGGAACAGCGGCGCGUCAAGUGGUCUCAGCUGGCCUUUGCACGUUGUUUCUCGCGACAACUCGAGGCUCUGAACGGCAGUGUCGUCGCGAGCAUCUCGUGUGCGCUGCUCUCGUACGGGCAGCCGCAGCCAGGCGUACUGUGGGUAACGACGCAGGGCCUCUACUUCAGAAGCCGGCAAGAAGUCAUCAAUGGUGACGGCGAUAGCACAAGCGGCAACAAGAGAGGCAGGGAGUAUGCUGAAGAAAUCGAGGAGGACAAGGAGUGGGAUGAUGAGGAGACGGCCAUUCGAGAGGUGCUGCCGCUGCGGGGCAUUGUUUCACUCCUGCCUUCAGUGGCUCUCCCGACAGCAGAGAAGGGGCCGCCGUACGUCUCAGGCAUACCGAAUCCGAUUGUCAGGCCAAACGCGCUGCAGGUGUUUACAUGGCCUCCAAAACAAAUCUAUCAGUUUGUCUACAUGCAUAAAUUGACGCUGAUGCCACCAUCAGCGUCGCAGAGAAAACCAACGGACGCUGACAGCGAAGGACUGCUGUUGCAGCACGAGUACGAUGCGAUUAUGAAAUUCCCUGGGGAGCUUGACGCCGUGACGUUUUGUGCCUUGACCGAGCGACUUUGGGAAGCCCGCCUGAAGGCGCUACGGCUGCCGCACUUGCGAGAGGGUGUUGAGUACGCCGCGCCUCACUGA